AUGUCGAACAAAUUCGACAUUUAUGUGAUACGCGAGAUUCUGAAAAACGUCGAUCCUUGCACAUUGAUCAGAUGUCGCGAGGUUUGCACAUCAUGGAAUCGUGAAAUUCUUCGGAUGACCAAAUUGACAAGGAAGUUCAAAUAUGGAACGAUUACGUUUGAAUUGACCAACGAUGAAUUUGAAUUGAAAGCAGGACGAAAGUCGUAUUGUCUACAGGAUUGGAAUGAAAUCACGCUUCUGAGAAUGCUUCAGAAUAUUGAGCCAUCGAAAACUCUCAACUUGUUCGUGCAUUAUCAAACGUCGAAAAAUGUGUUCGACAAAUUUUUCGAUGGUCUUGUGAAAGAAUGGUGCAGCAGCGUGCAAGAGCUAGAAGCCACAAUCGCCAUCGAACAAAUCGUCGACCCGAUCAAACCGCUUCGUCUGUUCCCAAACCUCACACGCCUCUCCUACAGUUUCAUGAACACCGAUACCGUCGACUGCACGCAAAUCUUCGACCGAAUCCGAAACCUUCGUUAUUGUCGACUGACGAGAUUCGAGGAAUUCAACGUCGAAGAUAAAGAUCGUCUCGUUUUCAAUGAAAAAACGUUGCAAUCGAUAGCAGCGAAUCAGGAAAUCGAUACUCGUCGAUUACAGCGAUUGGAAAUCUAUAUGGCAUCGGUGUAUUUCAAACCAGAAGAUUUUGUGGAGUUCAUUGCGCGAGUUUCGAAACCACACCCUCAUCCAUCCCUUAAAGACAAUGAGAGUAUUUAUGAGCAAACCGAUGAUAUUGAAACCGUUCACAUUCUGUUCGACAUGUGCUGUUUCAAGCUCACAAAAACCGAGAAUAUAAUCAACGCUGUGGUCGAAAAAGCCGAUGAUAUAAUGUUCUACGGACCCGAUUGUAGUCUACGAUUUAGACAGGUCCAUUGUCGCUUCGGAGACACUAAAUUUUUCCUAAUGUUUGGACAAGAAUUGUAA